UUCUUAAAUGGACGAAGGCCUCUUUGCUCCCUUCCGCCAAUCCCAAAUCUCUCCUCUCGCUGCUCGCGUUGACUCCGACCUGAGGCUUCUUGGAUCGGCUCAGGGACGGUAGCUGUCCGUGUCGCCGCCAAAUCUUGUGCCCAUUUCGCGUUCUCGUUGCUUUGGAGUGGUUUUGAUCCAAGAACUGGUCGGGGUUCUUGGAUCUCCUCCCGCAAUGGCGGCGCUCGUGGAGCUGUUCCUGGGCUCCUCGUCGGUGCCGGUGGACUGGGAGGCGGAGGCUUACCCGGCCUACGGGGACUUCGCCGUGCUCCCGUUCCUCGUCGCCUUCUUCCCCGCCGUUCGGUUCCUCCUCGACCGCCUCCUCUUCGAGGUAUUAGCAAGAAGACUUGUAUUUGGAAAGGGAUAUGACAAGCUUGCUGAAACAGAUGAAAGUAGAAAGAAAAUCAAUAAAUUUAAGGAAUCGGCAUGGAAGUUUGUUUAUUUUCUUUCUGGGGAGCUGCUUUCAUUAUCUGUAACAUACAAUGAGGCAUGGUUCAAGAACACCAGAUACUUUUGGGUAGGGCCUGGCGACCAGGUCUGGCCUGAUCAAAAGAUGAAACUGAAGCUUAAAGCUGUAUACAUGUAUGCUGCUGGAUUUUACACAUAUUCCAUCUUUGCUCUUCUGUUCUGGGAAACAAGACGCUCUGACUUUGGAGUAUCAAUGUCUCACCACGUAGCAACUGUUUUCCUAAUUGUUCUGUCCUAUAUUUUCAGAUUUGCUCGUGUUGGCUCAGUUGUUUUAGCCCUUCAUGAUGCAAGUGAUAUAUUCUUAGAGAUUGGGAAAAUGGCCAAGUACAGUAGUUGUGAGUGGCUAGCUGUUGUUGCAUUUCUUCAUUUUGUGGUGUCAUGGAUACUUCUUCGGCUCAUUAUUUUUCCUUUCUGGAUCCUAAGAAGCACAAGCUAUGAAGUAGUGCUGACCCUGGACAAGGAGAAGCAUCGAUUCUACGGCCCUGUAUACUACUAUGUUUUCAAUAGUCUUCUGUUCUCACUCCUAGUUCUUCACAUAUAUUGGUGGGUACUGAUUUACCGGAUGCUAGUCAAACAAAUUCAAUCCAAAGGCCGUGUUGGCGACGAUGUUAGAUCUGAUUCUGAAGGCGAAGAUGAGCAUGAAGAUUAACUCUUAGACUGCUUGCUUAACUGAAGAACUAUAUUAUGUGUUCCCUACAGCAUGAAACACCAUCUGAAUACCUUUUUCCUUUUACAGAAGAUAUGCAGAUAUUAUAUUUUAUUAGAACAGAUCAUUCUUUCAGCGUCAAAGAUAUGACAACCAUGAUUUGUGAGUUGCUAGUGAAGCUGCGUGUGCUCUUGUAUGCUUAUAUGAAGCAAAAAUGAAAUAUGUUUUUUCCACCAAUCAUCAUUUGUAAAAGAUUCAGAAUAAUCGUUUUUUCAUUCAUUCUUGUAACUAGACAGCUAAUUUUGUUCGAAAUCAUGUAAUUUGCUACAGUAACACAAUCAUCCAUCCUGACGGAAGCGUUGGGAAGAAUUUCC